AUUCAGACAGGGAAAGGAAAUCGUCAAAUCAACAUAAUUCGUUUCUACAUAUUACACCGAUGACACAUAUCUUACGGUAAAUGACGGUGACUGAGCUGACAGAAAUAUGAUAUUCUAAUCCUGCUGUUGUUUCCCGUUUCAGUAAUAGCUGAACACGUGAUGCGCAUGCGCAGGUUGUUGUGUUUCAUGGGAUCUGGGAUCUGUCGGGAAUUCCCCUGGACUCUCCAGCUCCUGCCAAACAACCUUAUCUGGAAGUAGUAAGGCCAACUUAAUCAUCUCCUCUGCUCUAUGACUGAGCUGGGAAGCUAAAAUGGGUAAGAAACAGGGCUGAGUGGCUAGCACAGCAGCGCUCUGCGCUGUUGUUUUGGCUUUUAUACGAUAAAAGGAUCGUUCCGACCUGGAGAACAUCUGAAGCAAUUUCCUACUCUUGCUAGGCUAGCGAAACUGGACUCAUUAGCUAGCCACGCAAAAUUGUUAAGCAGGGGAACAAUUUAAUCUACAGACAGGCCGUCUUUUGUGUAAGAAACAUUUUAAAUGGCGGGGAUACAAAGGCACUCGAUGGAGGAUUCCAACGGCGAUUCGAGCAACAAAUAUCCACGGCCUGUGGUCGGCUGCGAGCUCAAACUCGGCAGCCCCAACGCAGCGUCUGAUGACUGGUGCGACAGCGGACUGGACUCUAUCAGUGGUGUUGGGCUCAGUAUCGAUGGUUCGUAUGACAUCGAGUCGCCAGCAGCCUGGAGUAGCUCUCGGCCGAAGGACUGUUGUCCGUCACUGGGUCAUACCGAGGACCGUUCAGAGGACUGCACGUCCGUGGAGCCCGGAGAGAGGCUAGACUCCGCUAUUGGGGACUCGAUAACAGAUGAAACGGUAGGAAGCCUGUCCCAGGGUCUUGGGACUCUUAUCCUGGCCGAACAGGCUGUGGGUAACACCACCGUCGACACCGGACGGAGUGAGCGGGUUUCGGUGGUCAGUCCGGAGGUGGAGCGGCAGAGAAGAGAAGAGUUAUUUAACACUCUGAACUUCUUAUCCGAAGACGGAGACACGGCCCUGCACCUGGCGCUGAUCCAUGAGCACAGGGCUUUCGUCCAGUACCUGCUGGGGGUCAUCGCCCUUGAAAGCAACUGGACUCCCUACCUGGACAUUCAGAAUCACCUGGGCCAGACGGCGCUCCACCUGGCGGUGAUAGUGGACCAGGCGGAGUGUGUGCGGGGCCUCCUGUGGGGGGGUGCGAACGCAGAGCUGCAGGAGAGGGGAGGGAACACACCGCUGCACCUGGCCGUGAGGGAGCUCCGCAUGGAGUGUGUGAAGGAGCUCACGUCCUGCCCGCGCCUCUCCUCCGAACACCUCUCCGUCACCAACUACUCAGGAGUAAGUGCUCUUCAUGUCGCCGUGCAGAAGGGCAGAAGUGACAUCAUCAACAUGCUACUCAGCGCGGGAGCGGAUGUGAACCAGAGGGACCUGGGUUCAGGUCGCUCUCCCAUGCACUGGGCUGUAGAGGCUCAGAGUGCCCAGCUGGUGGCGCUGUUGCUGAGCGCAGGAGCAGCAGUGGACCAGCGCUCCUAUGCAGGCCACACGGCGCUCUACUGCGCCCUCCACAGGCCAAACCGAGAAGUGCAGGCCCUGCUGCGCGCCGGUGGGGCAGUGGACACUCCCAUGCAGGAGGAAGAGGAGGAGGACGACGAGGAGGAAGAACAGGAGAGUGAAGAGGAGGAGUUUGAUGAUGUCGUCAUUAAUGGACAGCGUGUGAUGUAAAUGGGAGGAUGCAAGUGUGAGUGUAUGUGGUGUGUGUGUGUGUGUGUGUGGCUGGCUGGCAGGGAACGAGUGUGUGUGGAGGAGAGAUGCCCACUCGUCAACCGCCAGCGUCCCCAACACGUUGAAUUGGACUGUGAAGGAGCGGCGGAUCAGAUGUAUGUUGUGAGGUGGUGUGACUUGUCAUAUGAUGCUGUAGCAACAGGAGGCCAUAGUGGAGCUCUGUAAGCUAAAAACACAAAAUCCACAUCUGGCAUCUGGCACCGGGGUGGAUCUGGGCCUGAUCUGAGCCAGAGGCUGGCCAGAUCCACGCCGGACGCUAAUGCUAACUGGGGAUGGGAUUCACUUUCUGUCUUUUGUGGGGACUUUUUGUAUUGGACUUUAUGUUGUUGUUGUUCUUGUUGUGGUUGAUGCUGGUGGAACAAAAGCUGAUACUAAUUGCUGAACAGAUCAACGAGAAACAUGUGAAAUGGAAGAUGGCUUCUGUUAGAAAAAAGGGCGUUUGGCAAGUCAUUAAAUUUGGUCAUUGCCCAUCAGUGACAUUAGGGGCCCUCAGAAUAUGGUUCAGUAGAAUCUCACUAGUGCCAUUCUACUGCCAGUGUAAUUUCUAACUACUUUGGGUUUCAUUUUUUUUUUUCAUUUUUUUUAUUUUUUUAUUCUCUAACGUAAACCUCUAUCUGGUGAUGGGAUUUCAAAAAAUAGGUGAACGUGUGAAUGUGGAAAUAGUAGUGAUAGAAAUGACAGUGAAAUGAAGUUCUUGUACUUUUGUUUUCAAGGCCCGGAAAGGAAAUCUGCAUGUAAAGUAAACCUCAAAUUUCCAUCAAUUAUCUAUUUCUCCUUCGAUUCGGUAGAACAUCCAGCUUACAUGAAUAGUCAAUGAUGCCCACGUGGAAUAGCAAUGCUGUUAUUUGAGAAUUUGAAAACUGAGGGCAUCACACACCUGUCCCAAUCUGUGUCACGUCCAUCAGAAGCGGUUUGCGUGAUUUAGUCCAGCCUAGUUCUGACUUACACUGUAUACUAAUGGGACAGACUGAUUAUUAUGGUACUGAGCUAAACAUUGUUUGAUCCAAGAGUGUGACAGAUUUUUUUUUUUCAUGCAUUUUGAAUUUCACCUGGGCUCAGCGAACAGACCAUAAUAAGCAAUGUAAGGAUUGUGGAGAAAAUUCCAAUUAAGAGGUCUGGUAAAUUGUGGUGUACACCACUGGUCAUUUGUGGUGUGUCAACACUUGGUGUGUGGAUGGCUAAGAGACACACAUGGUACUUGUUAGAAGGCUCUUUCUCUUCUUUCUUUCUCCUAUUUUUUUUUCUUUCCUGAAGAUGUGGAGGCCCUGGGGGUGCAGGGGUGGUGUGAUCUUUUUUGUGUAGAGCCCUGAAGAAUAAAAGAGACUCGCUUGAGCAUAACACACUUCAUGCCAGACAGGGGGAUAUUCUCAUCUCAUGCUAACCUGUCCAAGCCAGCGGUCUCACUCCCAAGUGUACAGUAUUCCAGUUACAAACCUACAAAGGCAAAUGGGUCAUUAACCCAACAUUAACACAUACCCUUUGGUAGGUAUUAUUGUGUAUAUAUCCUUAAUAAUUUAAAUAAAAAAUGUGUGUGUGUGUGUGAGAGAGUAUGGGUGAGGUAAGGUGUGUGUGCGUGUGUGUGCCAUCAGAUGCAUGUUUAUGGUCUUGUAUUUAAGCAUUACAUGUUGUGCUGAAGCAGCCUGACUCCCUUCAUGUAUAAGGGGCAGAAUCCAUUCAGUACUCUUAUCAAACUAACUGAUUGUGUUGCUGGGUGCGGCCUGCUUUUAUUGUCAUUGUGAUAUCUCUGGAAUUGUGACACAGGGCUACCAAUUAAAGUGAACGCUCACCCGAA